AUGGCUAUAAUGGAAGAGAUAGUAAAGCAGGGGGAGGAGAGAAGGUCUUCCUUCAGCCCCAGGGCCCGCGAGGGGGAGGCCUUUUUCCUCUGCUGUCCGAGACUUGCGUCCUUCCGGGGCCGGGAGCUGCCCGAGUUGCGUUUGGUCCCGAGAUUGGACAGACAGGGAAGCUGGCUCAGCCUCUCUCUCCCUGGUUUUCUGUCUCCCUCGUUUUCUCUCUCCCUGGUUUCCUCUCUCCUCUUCCCUCCGCUCCUCUUCUCAGCGGGCACUUGCUCUCUCGCGUAUCUCCGAACCCGGCGGUUCGGAGCAAGGGCCGUCGAUACUUCUGGGGGAUUGGGAGGCUUCCAAGUGGUACCCCAAUCCUUCCUCUACAAGGAACCGUGUCUUUAUGAGCGGAGAGUGAUUUCGAUGGCCGAGGACCCUUGUCCUGCAUCCCGCGGAGCUGACCCAGGACCGCUGGGUGGGCGGCGCUCUAGCCCUGCACGCGCUGUCUCCCGAGCCUUCCAGGAGGAGGCUGGGGCACCACCCGCCGCUGGGAAAACUAUGGCUCCUGCCUUGUAUAGAGGAGAUCUUGGUCAGGUUGUGGUCCACGUAGAUCGUCCUGGGAUUCUGUUCCUCCAAGUGAAAGGAUGAAUUUUCAGUGGAAAUUUCAGCUAUUCUGGGCCCUACUUCGGUGAAGAUAUUUUGGGGAUGUUGAAGAAUGGGUGCUUCUUCCAUCACAUGAUGCAGGCUCCUUCUUUCUGUCUUCCAUC